AAUAUAAAAAAUGCUUGUGUUGUGUGUGGCAGGUCCUUCUCCGAAAAGGCCUAUAAAAGCUGGGAAGAAGGGAAAAGAAGGCAAAGAACAAGUUGAAGGAAAAAAGACUCCUUCAACUAGUACUGCAUUCUUUCUUUUCUUCAAAUGGUAGCAAGAGGCAUCAAGAGCAAAAGACAUUGUUAAUUUCGGAGAUGGCGAGUUACGAGGCUAUUAAGAACUUUGAUGAUGAUGAUGAUGAAGAUGUGGAGAUGGCACUCCCCCAUAACCAGAUCUCUGAAUCAAGAUCUGCCACUGUUUCUCCCACCAUUGCCCAAACUACCCCGCUUCACCUUCACAUCAACAACAUUAUUGAGGAACAACACAUAAUCGCAAGGCACCAACCUCAACCCCAACCCAAAUCUCCCCGUCUAGUUUCUCUUGAUGUUUUUCGUGGUCUCACCGUCGCGCUUAUGAUACUUGUUGAUGAUGCUGGCGGACUCAUUCCUGCACUCAAUCAUUCACCAUGGAAUGGUUUAACGCUAGCUGAUUAUGUCAUGCCAUUUUUCCUAUUUAUUGUUGGUGUUUCGCUUGCACUCACAUACAAGAAACUGUCUUGUGGAGUUGAUGCAUCUAGGAAAGCAAGUUUACGGGCUCUAAAACUUCUUGUGUUAGGCCUUUUCCUUCAAGGAGGUUAUUUCCAUCGGGUGAAUGAUCUGACCUAUGGAGUUGAUUUGAAACAGAUAAGAUGGAUGGGAAUACUACAGAGAAUUGGGGUAGCAUAUUUGGUUGCCGCACUGUGUGAAAUUUGGCUCAAGAGUGAUGAUACUGUUAAUUCAGGACCAUCCCUGUUAAGGAAGUAUCGGUACCAGUGGGCUGUGGCUUUGAUUCUUUCUUUCCUUUAUCUUUGCUUGCUAUAUGGAUUGUACGUUCCUGAUUGGGUGUAUCAAAUUCAAACAGAACCUUCUUCAGAGCCAAAGACAUUUUCAGUUAAAUGUGGAGUAAGGGGUAACACUGGGCCAGCCUGCAAUGCAGUUGGAAUGAUUGAUCGAACAAUAUUGGGUAUACACCACCUGUACCAGAGACCAAUAUAUGCUCGGAUGCCUGAAUGCAGUAUUAAUUCUCCCAACUAUGGACCAUUGCCUCCUGACGCUCCUGCUUGGUGUCAGGCCCCUUUUGAUCCCGAAGGACUCCUAAGUUCAGUGAUGGCUAUUGUCACCUGCUUGAUUGGGCUGCACUACGGACAUAUUAUUGUCCAUUUUAAGGACCACAGAGUGAGAAUCAUAUACUGGAUGAUCCCGACCUCUUGUCUUGUAGUUUUUGGCCUUGCGUUGGACUUAUUUGGAAUGCAUAUAAAUAAGGUUCUCUACUCGCUUAGUUACACAUGUGUCACUGCUGGUGCUGCAGGCAUCCUCUUUGUUGGAAUAUACUUGAUGGUUGAUGUAUGUGGGUGUCGUCGCAUGACCUUGGUUCUGGAGUGGAUGGGCAUGCAUGCAUUAAUGAUUUAUAUCCUUGCGGCUUGCAAUGUUUUUCCAAUUUUCCUUCAAGGAUUUUAUUGGGGAAGUCCUCACAAUAACAUUCUCAAGUUAAUUGGAGUUGGUACUUGAAGAGAGGCACAUACACAUGCUCGUGGAUAAAGAUUAUAUGCAGUAAGACAGUGAGACAUGUUUUACUGUAAAAGAAAUUGGCUACCACGCGGUGUUUAUUGAUUAUUACCCGAGUUUUGGAGCUAAUCUUUUGAUCAAGAACAAGAACGGGUGUAUCAUAUUCCUCUAAUCUCUUGAUGACGUCACCUGCAUGGAUGAUGGAUAUAGUUUAGAGUUCGCUAUAUCUCUUGAUGGCAUAACCUUUCUAUAUAUGGAAAGCAGCUUUUGUUUAUAAUAGCACCACUGCAAUAUAAUGUGUACUUUUACUUCAUAUCCUUGAAAUGAUUUCAAGAGAGUAACCAUUGGACACGAUAUUGAUGUAAAAUUUAGUUUUAGAUUUUUUUAUUUAUUGUUACUAUUAGCCUAGAAAUGUCAAUUUCUUCUGUAUGAGCAGGCUCUCUCUAUUAUUGGAUCUAGCAAAACUUUCUUUAAUCAUGCCAAUGCUUGCGUUCUUCCA